GCUAUCCUAAGAAUCGAAAAGAAUGUAAUCUCCCAGCCCGAGACGCUGGGCAGGUGUCCUGUGAUAGGCCCCCAACUGGAAACAGUCCGACGGGGCCAAUCACAGACCUUCCUGUCGCAUUCCACAGCAGCAGAUAAGAAUUGUUUACAGUUUGUUCCUGAGGCUUCUCAGCUCUCAGGAGAGGAAAAUUCCUAAGUAAAGGAUUUUUCAUAAACUAUGUCGGUGACAGAAGCAGAACAGUGCUGAGCAGUUGCUGCUCUUCAUUUGCAGGGCUGGGCUUCUGGAAAAGCCAUUCACCUCACAAUACCUCAUGGAAAAUGUUUAUUUAUACAAUGUGUAGAAAAAAGGCCACAAACAGUUUUGACCUGAGGAAAAUACAAGUGCGUUUGAUAAGGAGAAUCUUUGAAACAUAAGGAUGUUUGUUCUUAAGGAUGCUUACAAGACUAGGAUAUUUCCCUCCCAAUAUCACUAUCCCCAUCCCAUUGGAGGAUAAAAUAAGACUUAUUCCAAAUGCAGCUGUCUGCAGACAGCUGAAACUGGAGGAUCUAACUACAUAAAAAAGUUCAUCCCCUUGGUGAUCAGGACUUUUUUUAUCAGUAACUUGUGUCACUCAGCGACAGCAUCACCUUGGACUUGCCUUUUCUCGGUUUCUCUCUUGGGAUAUCUUUUUUCGUUAAGUUACUGUUUGAGACAAAACAGUACCUUUUUAGAGGUACUUUAUUCCUGAAAUAACUAUGAUACCAUCUGGAAAUGGUCUUAGUGUGAUGCAUGAUCAACUUGCAGUUAAACACACAAAUGUUAAUGGAAGAUUUUUGUGUGUACAAAGCUGUCAGAGAAAAAACAUGAAUAUAACAGCUGCAUGUAAAACAUGGUUGGUUUUGCUUACAGUGUUCCAUCAGUAUUUACCUUGGUUUUUUCACUGUUCUUUUUUCAUUAUGAUCAAGAUGACAGCAGUCCCUGCAUCUAACACUGUUCCUCCAUUAAACACCUUGUGUCAUUCUACAGCUUGUUUUGAUGAAAUUUGUUUAAACUUCUGCAUGAAGAGAAUUACCAAUUUUUUUCUGGCACAUCCUAUGGCUUCAUGACUGAUGCUAAUUAAGAUAUCACGAAUACUUAUUUUCUCUCCUCAAAAUCAUCUGUAAACAGAUGAGAGUGCUUUUGCGUAAUUUUAUCCUCCCCUAUACAAUCAUGACUUAUUCCUGAAGCAUAGGAACCUAUUUGCUGGGCUUUGAGCCACUUUAAACAUAAAAGUUAACUUAAAAAUGUAACAAUACCUCAGUGUCAACUUAGUGAUUUCAGAGCUUAGAGGUGUGAUACAUAACCCAAAAGUCUGCUGGUAUAGUGUGACAAAAGUGUUUUACUUUUUGAUGUGGACUGUGACCAGUGUAGACCAACCUUUUCCUCCCUCCACGGAGCUCAUGAGCUGUCAAGCUGCAGAGCUAACCCACCUCACUGGGGACAGUUCAGUAAACAACACAGAUGAACUCCUGUGUGUCUUUGGCACUUCCAACUUCAGAUGUCCACAAGAAGCUGCCUUUUGAAUAAGGUUUCUUCUCAUGCUAGGCUUCUGACUUGCUCUAGAAUUGCUUUGAAAGGCAACAUACCUUGUUUUAUUUGGUCCAUGGAAUUCCCAUUUUUUCAUGGAAAGAUAACAAGAAGAACCUGUGAAGAGCUGCUGAGCAAGAAGAAAAAGAAUGGCAGCUAUUUAAUACGGGAGAGUGAGAGUGUGGAAGGAGCCUUGUGUCUCUGUGUUUUCUUUGAGGACCUCAUCUACACUUACCGUAUCUUCAGAGAACACCAAGGAUAUUUUAGAAUACAGACUUCUGAAGGUGUUCCAGAGAGGACCUUCAAAACAUUAAAGGACUUAAUACACACUUUUGAAAAGCCAAAUCAAGGACUGAUAACAAACCUCCGCUACCCAGUGAAGAAACCAAAGGCCUUGCAAAAAAGCCACAGGUUCAAGUCAGGAAUGGACAGUGUUUAUGAUGAAGUUGAUGACAGCGGUGAUUAUGUCGAUGUCUUACCCUGAGGGAUCUGCACCUGACUGUUUCGGAAGCUGCCAUUCCAGGAUGUGCCCCAGCACGGGGCCUCAGCUGGGGAGAGCUUCCAGUUGGCUGUCCUCUGUUCUAGAUCUGGAAUUACCUCCUCCUUUUGCAGACUAGCUUUCUCAGAGUAGCUGUAUCUUCAACCAGUAGAUCUGGUACAAGCUAUUAUGCAUGUUUGCUCAGCAAUAACAGAAGUACUUUUUGUUACAGACACAAACACACACACACAGGUAUGGGGGAAGGUGUCCAUGUAUGUGUCUUCUAGUGGUUUUUAGUCAGCAAAUUAUCCAAGAUGGUGACUGCUAGAGUGAACAUUCUGCUAGAAGGCAGCAAUAUAAAUACAAUAAAUGAAUAGGCAUAAAGCAGUAAUUUAUGGCAGAAUUGAUAGG